AAACAUCGGUAUUAGAUCCACAGCUGUUAUGAAUGUUCAGUCUUCGGAAUAUGUGAUGAUUCACAUUACUUAUUAUUACUGCAUUUUCAUCGUUGUAAUUUUCCUGCCUGUGUAAAUGAUAAUUACUGACGUGAGGAGUAAAUCCGUCUCAGCGGAUGUUGGAGCUGCUAACGUCAAACAACUUCAGUUACACCGCGGGCAGGCUGCGUUUCUCCAGGAGCCAGGUUGUCAGACUUCUCAAAGAAAGGAACCUUUCUUUUCCCUGUAGUACCAGAGUGAAAGUCCACAGGAGAGUUGUGAGAGGAGCUCCGUGUCCAUCCCCUCUCCCUGUCCACACAUCCGGCCAGUAUGUCCAGUGAUCCUCCUCCUCCGUACCCCGGAGGUCCCAGUGCCCCACUCAUCGAGGAGAAGAAUGGACAACCUGAAACAGUUCCUAUAAGAACUGCUCCUCCACAGGGACAGCCUUUGCCUCCAGACUAUGGUCCUCCACCUUAUGAGGCCCCACAGCCAGGCUUCCUUCCCCCACAUGUCCCUGGAGAAGGGCCCAUGCCAAUGCCAAUGCCGAUGCCACCACCACCACAAGGUGGCCCCUAUGCAAUGCCGCCCGGUCACUUUCCUCACCCAAUGCCAGGACAGAUGGGCCCUGGUCCCAGUCAUUUUGUCCACAUGGGCGGUCACACGGCAACUGUCCUGGCUCCUCCGGGAGCAGCCACCACUGUUACUGUACUGCAGGGGGAAAUGUUCCAGACCUCGCCGGUGCAGACUGUGUGUCCGCACUGUCAGCAGGCAAUCGUCACCCGCAUCUCCCACGACGUCGGCCUCAUGAACACACUCUUCUGCCUCUUCUGCUUCUUUGUAGGGUGUGAUCUGGGCUGCUGCUUGAUUCCCUGUCUGAUUGAUGACCUCAAGGAUGUGACACACACCUGCCCUUACUGUAAGGGCUACAUUUACACAUACAAGCGUAUAUGCUAACCACCGACAGCUGUAUGCUACAGAGACAUGUACAUGCACACACAUAAACUCACAGCUCCUCCUGCUGGUAGUGACAGGCUUUCUCUCCCCCCCCCCACCCAUUUUUGCAAAGUGUUGUGUAGCCCUCUUAAAUUGUAAGUGCAGUUUUCUCAUUAGUUCACAGAAUAUUUACUGUAUAUAUCUUUCAGCAUAAAUGAUUUCAUGUAUAAACAUGCAUUUGAAAUGUACAAAUCUCUCACUGAACUACAAAGGAUGUAAGGCACUAAAACAUUCACAGAGAUAGAUAGGCAGCAGGGGCAUAGGUGCAUCUGAUCCUGUAUGGAAACCUGGGCAAAAAAAAAGGCUUGUGAUGUUAUGCAUGUAAAUUGGGGGGGGGGGGAAUCUACGGAUAGACAGCCUCAGUUAGAGAAAACUGUGAAAAUGGUCACUUUAUUUAAAUCCAUCUGUGAAUCUUGCUCAGAAGCAAGCCUAUUGAAGUCAAACAUGCUGGGCAAGGAUUAUUGUUUUUUUUCUUUCUUUUGCUUAUUUAUUUCAGAUAUUUUAUCCACUAUUUUAACGAGUUAAUCUUGAGAACUGUGAACAUUUUUGUCCAUGUCUGAUGAUUUUGUUCUAACAGACCUAGUUUUUCCUUUUAUCAUUAUCCCUUUUUGAAUGUGAGCUAAUACACCAACAGUUUAUCUUGAUGAACAGUAUUGAACAUGUAUUUGCUUAUUUAGGAAUGCCCAAGAUUGAUGUUACUUGCUAUAUUUAUUAAUCACCUGGGCCUCAGUGAGCAGUCACAAAAUGUCGAGUGAUUUGCAGUUGAGCUAUUAGACAUAAAUGCCCUCUGUCCAUGCUUUACUUUAAUUUUGAGAAUAAAGCAAACAUUUGCACUUUAUGUUGGAAAUUCACAUUUCCCCCUCUCUGACAGAUUCAUAAAAACUAUCAAUGUUGGCUAACCUUUGUCUGAUGUUAAAAAAUGUUUAAAAAGUAUGUAAGUAUGAUAAUUUUGGCAUUCACUGGGUUAAUUGUUAGCUCAGUGAACCCUACUGUACAUGCACUUAUGCAGAUUAUAGUAGAAUUAGAGUAGAGAUGGCAGACAGAGGGUUUUACUGUUACCAAUGGGGAGACAAUGCAUGACAUCUCUUGUGUCCGCCGUAUAUUUCUAUCUUCUCACUGAUACUGCUGGCUGAUUUUUGCUGCUGCAGUAAACAGGUAGCUAGUUUAAAAUAGAAACGUUGGUUGGAAAACAAAUGAAAGUGGUGGCAUCAUCAUCACACAAUACUGUUUAGCCUGUUACCCUCUUAAUAUGGCAUCAGCCCUUUAAGAUUACCUGCAGUGCUCAGAUGCAUGUUAGAUAACAAAUACUGAUGUCUUUUGACUAAUACUGUAAAAAAAAAAAAAAAAGAAGUAAUCUCUCUGCUAGGAAUAAGCUUCAGAAAAUAAUUGACAUUGUGAUUCUGUAGAGAUAAAUACUAACAAUGAAAGGACCAUUGCUCAGCCACAGCAUGCCCAAUCUGCCAUUCACCUUCGCUCACCAAGUGCAGUUUGUCCUGCAUGAGCCACACAUCGAAACAGAUUAUUCUCACAGGCUAAUUCCUUGACUCUGUGUGCAUUUGAUUUUCUUUUUUCUUCUCUCGAGGCUAGCUAAGUGGUGCAAGAAGGUCAAUUUUGAGUUGAAGGACUGCAUUGAACUUUUAAUACGAAGUAUUGUAUGCCAUUGUUGUGGAUAAUGCUGGUCUGCAUUGCUCUCUAAAUGUCUGUGAUAUGUAUAACUAUGUAAGUCAAAAUUUGUUUGACUGUUGUAUACAGGUACUAUUUUAUCAAUAAAAAUCAGAACGUGA